UGUGCAACAAACAAACAGAUGAUUUAGAGUAUUUUUUUAGUGGAAAACGAUAAUUAAAAAUUAUUAAAGUGAAAAUACGACAGUGAAAAUGGUGAAAAGGAAUUCUAGGAAAUGUUAUAAUGACUACUCAAAAAAAAGAAAACUUGAUUGCUUGAGGAGUAUUCUCAAUGAUGAUGACACCAGUGAUGACGAAAAUAAUCACAAUGAAUUUAAUAAUCAAUUAGAUCGCCAAAUUGUUAAUGUAAUUAAUGAAGUCAAUGACGAUGAUGAUAUUGAAAACAGGUUAAAUGGACAAUUGGACAACUUUAUUGUUAAUGUAGAUCAUGUAAUCAAUGAUAACGAUGUAAACAAUGCUAGGUUAAAUGAACAAGUCAACCAAGUCAAUGCUUAUGAGGUUGAAGGUGCAGAAAAUGUGGAUGAAGCAGCUGAUGAUAUACAGGACAUUCCAGAGGAAAGUGAUCAAGAUGAAACUGAUGAAGAAAUUUUAAAUAGAAAUGACAUUAUAGAGGAAAGUGAUCAAGAUGAAAUUGAUGAAGAAAUUUUAAAUAGAAAUGACAUUAUAGAGGAAAGUGAUCAAGAUGAAAUUGAUGAAGAAGUUUUAAAUAGGAAUGAAGAAAAUGAGGACAGUGAAGAUGAAGUGGAGAGUGAUAGUGAUGAGGAGGAAGAUGAUGAGUUUAGAAAUUUAGACUAUGAACAACUAUUAUAUCCUGGAGCACCGUUGACAGUAAGUCAAAGUAUGACCUUGAUAUUAUCUUUACUUACCCGACAUAACGUUACCCAAACUUGUCUGGGUGAUAUUAUUGCUGUCAUCAAUUCACACUGUAAUCACAAUAAUAAUAAUUGCUUCAAAAAUAGCCUCCAUAAAUUCCGCAAAUUUUUUUCAUUGUCAAAAAAAGGAAAAAUUAAGAAAAAAAAACAUUUUUACUGCUCCAUUUGUCAAAAAAAUUUAAAAACAGAGAAUGAAGUAUGUGACAACUGCGAAUCAACAAAAACUGCUUAUUUCGUCGAAUUGCCUAUUAAGAGUCAGCUGAAAGAAUUAUAUCGAAGACCAGGAUUUUACGAAUGUUUACAGCAACGUUUUCAUCCUGAUGUAGAUGAUGAUGAUAAUCCUCAUAUCGAUGAUGUGUACAAAGGAAGUUUGUAUCAAAAAUUUAUUGAAAUUGGGUUUUUAGCGGACAGAAAUAAUAUUUCUUUGACUUGGUACACCGACGGGAUACCAGUUUACAAAUCCUCUAAAGUUAGCAUGUGGCCAGUAUAUUUAUCUAUAAAUGAGUUACCUUUUGCUGAGCGGACAAAACGUGAAAAUGAAUUAUUACUACUUGGAUUGUGGUUUGGAUCUGAGAAACCUAACGCUAAUAACUAUUUCAAUAAAUUCUAUAAACAAUUAAAAAAUUUAUCUGAAGGUAUUCAAAUUACUUUGGCUGAUAAUCAGAUCAUAGAAGUCAAAGCGGUAUUACUUAUAGGAACUUGUGACGUUCCAGCAAAGUGUCAAUUUUUUAAUUUCACUUAUUUUAUGGGUAGUUAUGGCUGUCCAUCAUGUUUAUGGCCUGGCGAAACUUAUCACUUGCCACCUGAUGGCAGUUCUCAUACUCAUGUUUAUCGGUACACGCUGGAUCCUCAAAUACGAACUUCAAGAAAAUGUGUUACCUUUGCUCGGCUCGCAUUAAAUGAUGGUUCUCCUCAUAUGGGUGUCAAAGGACCCUGUGCUCUAUCUAAAUUAAUGCCUGAUUUCAUCGUUGGAACUGCUAUAGAUCAAAUGCACUGUGUUUUUGGUGGUGUGGUAAAAAAACUACUAUCAUUAUGGUUUGACCCGAGCAAUAGAGGUGAACCUUACUCAUUAAUUGAUAUGUCAAAUAUCAUUAACAACCGAUUAAUUAAUAUCAAGCCACCCAGCUUUGUUCAUCGUAUGCCUCGCUCAACGGAAGAUCUUGUACACUGGAAAGCAUCUGAGCUUAAGAAUUGGUUCUUUUAUUAUGCUUUACCAGUCAUGCAAGAAGUCAUGCAACAAGAGUAUUUAGAACAUUUUUCUUUAUUAGUUGCUGGAAUUGCGCUUUUAAAUUUAGAUUCUAUAACAAAUGCUGAGAUAAAUAUGGCGUCGAACUUUCUACACAAAUUUGUACGUGAAUUUGAAAAUUUAUAUGGUUUAAAAAAUUGUUCCAUUAAUCUUCAUCUUCUGAUACAUUUACCUAAAUGUGUACUUGCUCUUGGACCUUUGUGGGCUAACGAUUGUUUUCGAUAUGAAGAUUUAAAUGGACAAUAUUUAAAUGUAAUUCACGGAACACGUCACAUUGAUUCACAAGUGGUGAGAUCUCAUUACCAGCAGUUGAAGGUUCAAAAAUUUUUUGAGCAGCUACCAGAAGGGAGGAUGAAAGAUUUUUGCACUAAACAAAAACACAAUAAUAAAAUUUGUGAUCGAUUACAAGACAGAUGUUAUACUGUAGGCACUUAUAAAAUUUUCAAUGAGACUUAUAGAAUUCCUAAUAGUGUUCAGCAAGCUCUAAGAAAUUUAUUACCAGUACGAAAAAUCGCAGAGUAUUUCCGUUUAUUAAAAGAUUCGAAGCUUUGUGUCUGAACGAUACACUCGAGCAAAACAAAUGUCAUCGUCGCUUACUCUGUACAGAGAUCAUGCUGGGUAUCAUUUGGGUUCAAUUAUAUGCUUCGUAAAAUUAGAUUACUGUCAAUGUUUGAAUCCCGAUGAUUGCCUGAAUCAUCCACCUGUUCAUCAGGCGAUUAUUCAAACAUUAUUAAGUGAAAAAGUAUUCAACGCAAAAGGUGACCAUGAUGUACAGUACGAAUUUUCAUUUAUCUAUAAAUGUUCAAGAGUGGAAAACUUUGUAUCUAUUCCCAUCGACCAAUUGAUUGCUGUUUGUUUUGAAAUAAAAAUUGACAACAAUUUGUAUAUUGCGAUGCCUGUAAAUUCUAACAAUACUGAAUAGAAUCAAAAUUAUUUUA